GCAGAGCGCGCAGAGCGAGUGGCGCCCGCACGCCCUGCGCUCCUCCACAGGCCGGGCCGGGCAGCCCCGGACGUAGAGGCGGCGGCGGCGGCGGCCGAGGCGGCGGGUCUCGCGCGCCGGGGCCCGCGUGCCCGAGCGGAGGUCGCCGUCCGCCGCGCAGGCCGCGGUCCCUCAGCUCGCGGCAGCGAUGAGGCGCUGAGGCGGCCGCCGGCGCUGCGCGGCCGGACCCGAGGACGAGGAAGCGGCCGGGCCGAGGGCGCCGGGCGCCGGCCUCCCUCAGGCGGGGAGUGGCGGGUGCAUGGCGCAGUGACGGCCUCUGUCGCUCCUCCCGCUCCCCGGCCCCGGGCGAGGCCCUCCGGCCGCCACCCCUCCUGCUCGGCUGCCGCCUCCAGCGCCGCCGCCGCCGCCGCCAUGGCUAAUGACAGCGGCGGGCCCGGCGGGCCGAGCCCGAGCGAGCGAGACCGGCAGUACUGCGAGCUGUGCGGGAAGAUGGAGAACCUGCUGCGCUGCAGCCGCUGCCGCAGCUCCUUCUACUGCAGCAAGGAGCACCAGCGCCAGGACUGGAAGAAGCACAAGCUAGUGUGCCAGGGCGGCGAGGGCGCCCCCGGCCACGGAGCGGGCCAGCACCGGCACCCCGGCCCCGCGCCGGCCGCCUCCGCGCCGCCGCCCAAGGCCGGCGGGGCCGGGGCCAGGGAGGCCAGGAAGGCAGCGCCGCGCCGGGACAGCGCCGCCGCCGCCGCCGCCGAGAAUGCGGGCCCGCGGGCUGCCGGGGACGCGGCCAAGGCAAAGGCCAAGCCCGCGGCCGACCCCGCGGCGGCCGCCUCCCCGCCUCGCGCGGCUGCCGGCGGCCAGGGCCAGGCGGCGGCGGCCGAGGCGGAGCCCGCGAAGGAGGAGGACCCGGAGAAGACGAACCUGUACCCGCCGAGCAACACGCCGGGCGAGGGGCUGAGCCACGGCGGCGGCCUGCGGCCCAACGGGCAGACGAAGCCGCUGCCCGCGCUGAAGCUGGCGCUGGAGUACAUCGUGCCGUGCAUGAACAAGCACGGCAUCUGUGUGGUGGACGACUUCCUGGGCAAGGAGACCGGGCAGCAGAUCGGCGACGAGGUGCGCGCCCUGCACGACACCGGCAAGUUCACGGACGGCCAGCUGGUCAGCCAGAAGAGCGACUCGUCCAAGGACAUCCGAGGCGAUAAGAUCACCUGGAUCGAGGGCAAGGAGCCCGGCUGCGAAACCAUCGGGCUGCUCAUGAGCAGUAUGGACGACCUGAUCCGCCACUGUAACGGGAAGCUGGGCAACUACAAAAUCAAUGGCCGGACGAAAGCCAUGGUUGCUUGUUAUCCAGGCAAUGGAACGGGUUAUGUACGUCAUGUUGAUAAUCCAAAUGGAGAUGGAAGAUGUGUGACGUGUAUAUAUUAUCUUAAUAAAGACUGGGAUGCCAAGGUAAGUGGAGGUAUACUUCGAAUUUUUCCAGAAGGCAAAGCCCAGUUUGCUGACAUUGAACCCAAAUUUGAUAGACUGCUGUUUUUCUGGUCUGACCGUCGCAACCCUCAUGAAGUACAACCAGCAUAUUCUACAAGGUACGCAAUAACUGUUUGGUAUUUUGAUGCAGAUGAGAGAGCACGAGCUAAAGUAAAAUAUCUAACAGGUGAAAAAGGUGUGAGGGUUGAACUCAAUAAGCCUUCUGAUUCCAUCAGUAAAGACGUCUUAUAGAGCCUUUGAUCCAGCAAUACCCCACUUCACCUACAAUAAUUGUUGACGCUCUUUGUUAACUUGUGAAUACGAAUAAAUGGGAUAAAGGAAAAUAGACAACCAGUUGGCAUUUUUAUAAGGAAACAAACAACUUUGUCGUGUUGCAUCAGAAAGAAGAUUUUGACUGUGUGACUUUGUACUGCAUGAUUGACUCCAAACCUGUGAUUGCUCACGGGAAGAAUAUAAGCUACCAGCAGAAAAUGGGGUUGACAUCUGGACGUGAAAUAAGUGCCCUAGGUAGAAGUUUUUCAUUCUUAUAUUUUGCCAGAUCUGUCAUCUAGAUGAGUUCAUUUCAUCUCUCCCUUUUUUAUAUAGUCAAGUUUGAAUUUGAAGUAAUUUUUGUAUGAUCAGGUACAAUACAUCAAAACUGCAUUGAGAAAAAAUUACAGUAUUACUCCCCCAAAUAGCAUCAAUCUAUUUUUGUAAACUUCUUCGUACUAUUAAAUUUUGCCCUAAAAAAGACCUCUUAUCAUGAUUGUUGCCAGUGACUGAUGAUUACUUUCAUUUCCUUUUUACUUACCAUAAGAAAAGGAGCACUUUAAUCGCCAACUUAAAACUCAGAUUGUUUUGUAGUCCUGUCUUUUACACUAAUUUGAGCUCUUAAAGAUUGCUGCUGUCGUGUUUUUGACAUUGUUCAUAACGAAAUAUUAACAGUAAAACCAUCACCGUUUACUACCAGUAACUUUCGGUUCAUGUUUUAUAAGAAAAAAAAUACCCAGGUUUUAUUCUUUUAAGUUAGUAUUUUUAAAAGACUAAAGUGACUGGCACUAAAUGAACUUGAGUUUGUCCUCAGCAUCAAGUUCCCAAGACAAAGGGCUCUCUCAUGCUUUCAGGUAUAUCCUGUAGAUGUAGAAGGUGACAACGUCCCCUUCCUAAGACUUUUCCUUUUGCUUCCUGUCACGUUGAUCGUACUUCCAAUUUUGCUGUUACGUUUUCUUCCUACUCCUGUGACGCAUGUGGUCUGCAGUGGAGAACCUGGCUUCUGUUGGCUAGCUUCAGGGGGGGACUGAGCGCCGGGGCUGAGCCGCGUUGGUAAUAGACCGAACGUUAGCGAAUCCUCGGACCCGAGCCAGGGCAGGCAUUCCUCAGGCACGAUGCUUGUCUCUUUGUCAGUACUGAAAGCUGGACGUUUAGCUUAAAAACACAAAAGAAGUGGAAAACCAGGUAGCUUUAUUAUUCUGUUCUGUUCUGUGACUUUUACUUUUCAGAAAAAAAGAGGGACUAUUAACACUAUCACACAAGGCCUCCCAGACUUCUGUUUUUUGAUGUAUGAACUGGGAAGGAUGUCUAGGACUUUGUUUUCCUGGGCUGAUCUCUAGCAGAGCCCAAAGGGUGGUAUCCAUGUUUAGCAUGAAUUAUGGGUCUAGACCUUGCCCACUUCAGUUUUCUAUCUCUGUCCUUGAUCUUUGCCAAAAUGUGUGUACAGAAAUACUUCUGUAUAUUUCAACUCAUGACAGUUUUAGCAUCUGUAUAGUUUGUAUUCAAUUAGAGACCUUUUCUAUGGAAAGCUCAGUAAUUUUUAUUAAAAGAUUGCUAUUGUUCAUGUAAAACAUGAAAAAAAAAUUGUUUAGUGAAACUGACAGCGUGGACUUAGGGCGGGAUGAAAGAUUCAGUAUCGUGAACUCACUUAGGAGAACUUGCGGGAGAAAAUUCGAGUUUAUUGUUGUCUUUCCUGCCCCUGCUCGGUUUUGUUCUCCUUCCUCUUCUGUGUUCCAGACAAUGCAAUGUAAACCUCUCUCUAGUCAGUGCCUCUGCCGGCCGGACCUGGGGGUGCAAGGUGUCUCUGCCCUCUGGUCUGUGGUGCGGCGUGCUGCGCUGGGCCCCCACUCGAAAGUGCUGUCGUUUUUAGGUCUAGUAGAAAUUGUGUUCUGUUCCGGGGGGGCGGUUUGUGUGCUUGCCAGGGUGGGACUGCAACAGCCUUUCCUUCUGGGAGCCCCUGUGUCAUUCACGUGUGUAUCUCUGCAGUUGUGCGAAGUGUCAGAUUCUUCUGUCUGUGUGUGUGCUUUCCAGGCAGGUCUUAAAAUUUGUAUUUUUCAGAAAAUUGUAACAAAUUUCUUGGAGAUGAUUGUGAAAGGAUCAGGAAAUCCAGGAUAGCCAUUUCUUUAGUAUCCAUUUAAAAUCUGUUCGUUUCAUGUUAGUGGGACUGUUAACCUGUCACCAAGCAGGACUCUAUUUAAAACAAAAUUUAAAACUACUCGUGGCCUAUAUGUGUUUAAUCCUGGUUAAAGAUAAAGCUUCUAAUGCUGUUUUUCAUUCAACACAUUAACCAGCUGUAAAACACAGACCUUUAUCAACAGCAGGCAAAGAAUUUCAGGAUUCAUACGCAGAAGGUAAAGUCAUGUAAUUUGAAAAGCAGUGUUUCAUUAUGAAAGAGCUCUCAAGUUGCUUGUAAAGCUAAUCUAAUUAAAAAGAUGUAUAAAUGAUCUUGAAAAAUU